CACUUGUAGUGGCCCAGUGUGAAAGGCCAGCGCCUGGCUCUCCUCUGCUCCUCCUCAUCCCCUCCGCCGCCGCGCUGCUGCUCAACCAGAACGGAGAGCUUGCAAGAUCGGCGUUGCGGUCCACACGCUCGGCCUCGCAAGGUCGCCGCCUCUGUGAAGGCCGCCCCACCGAAUAAGAAGAAGGGGAAGAAACCAAACCUCGUCACCGGCGAGCGGCAUGAAGAGCUUCCCUGUGACCGGCGGCCGCAGCGUCUCCCUCGCCCUCUUCUCCGAUGUCUCCAACAGCCGGGAGCUCCUAGAUCUGAUGCAGUCGGGGAAGCUGGAGCCGGAGGCCGCUUUCAUCAACGCAUCGCUGGUGCCGGACGUGUUCCCGGUCCUCGCGGCGGCGCACAAGGCGCUGAUCUCCAAGUCGAGGGAGUCGCUGACCACGAGGACCCUGCACUUGGAGCUCGUCUACAAUUGCUCUGGCUCGAAGCAUAUAACAGAGUCCCUGAAGCGAUGUGGCAUCGCUGAUGACACACAGUAUAUCCUUGCGGCUCGGUUUGAUGCUUCAGAUGAAGAGAUGAAAGCUCUGGAAAAGCUCAUCAGCGGAACCGAGAUUGAUCUGUCGGAAUUGGAGACAAGAGCAGACCAACCAAAGAUUCUGAAACACGCCGUCUUUCUUGCUCCCACACGCAGCACCAAUUCCAGCACACACGCAACAACAAGCAGUGCAGCUUCGUUCGUUUGUUCGUUCGUUCGUAGCGAGGUGAAAGAUUCUGCUAGUUUGGUUUCUCGUGUCGUGAGGGUGGCGGCAAUGGCGAUCGGCGCGGACGGCCUGGAGGAGGCGCCGCCGCUGCUCCUUGACGGCGAGGAGGCCGCCUACUCGCGCCCACGCCGCGUCGCGCUCUUCGUCGAACCGUCGCCGUUCGCCUACAUCUCUGGGUACAAGAACCGGUUCCAGAACUUCAUCAAGCACCUGCGCGAAAUGGGCGACGAGGUCAUUGUUGUGACCAACCAUGAGGGGGUUCCCCAAGAGUUCCACGGUGCCAAGGUUAUUGGUUCAUGGAGCUUUCCAUGUCCACUGUAUGGAAAGGUUCCUCUGUCACUGGCACUCAGCCCUAGGAUCAUCUCAGAGGUUGCAAAAUUCAAGCCUGACAUCAUUCAUGCAUCCUCACCUGGAAUUAUGGUUUUUGGGGCCCUUGCUAUUGCUAAGCUGCUCAGCGUCCCCCUAGUGAUGUCCUACCACACCCAUGUCCCAGUAUACAUUCCGAGAUAUACAUUUAGCUGGCUUGUGGAACCGAUGUGGCAAAUCAUCAGGUUCCUUCACAGAGCUGCUGAUCUAACUUUGGUGCCAUCUGCUGCUAUCAGCAAGGAUUUUGAAACUGCCCAUGUCAUUUCUGCUAACCGGAUACGCCUUUGGAACAAAGGCGUCGAUUCUGCCAGCUUCCAUCCCAGGUUCCGCAGCCAUGAGAUGCGCGUGAGGCUAAGUGAUGGUGAGCCUGAAAAGCCGUUGAUAAUUCACGUCGGACGCUUUGGGCGGGAGAAGAAUCUGGAUUUUCUGAAAACAGUAAUGGAUCGGUUGCCUGGAGUACGAAUCGCAUUCAUAGGAGAUGGACCUUACAGGGCAGAGCUAGAGAAGAUGUUCGAGGGGAUGCCGGCGGUGUUCACCGGGAUGAUGCAAGGGGGGGAGCUCUCGCAGGCGUACGCGAGCGGCGAUGUCUUUGUGAUGCCCUCAGAGUCGGAGACGCUCGGCCAAGUAGUCCUCGAGUCCAUGUCGUCCGGGGUGCCCGUGGUGGCGGUCCGCGCCGGUGGGAUCCCCGACAUAAUCCCGGAGGACGUGGAGGGGAGGACCAGCUUCCUCUUCGCCCCGGGGGACCUCGACGACUGCGUCGGCAAGAUCAGGCUGCUGCUGGCGGACGACGAGUUCAGGGGCGACAUGGGGAGGACCGCCAGGGCGGCGAUGGAGAAGUGUGACUGGAGGGCCGCCUCCAAGACGAUCCGCAACGAGUUCUACAGCUCGGCAAUCGACUACUGGCGGAAGAAGCAGGCGGAGAUCGUUCAGCCGCUGCAAUGGCUGGCGCAAAUGUUCAUGCCGGCGCCGGACCGGGUCACCGGCGGCAUCAAGCAGUAGUGGUGCCUCUUAGCCAUGAUCUAGGCAGGUGGGGGGCUGGAAGAUGGAUGGACAAUUCCAUGCAUUCCUUGUAAAUUCUUGGUCUAUAGUGCAGUGUCAAUAGGCGAGAGGGAUAGUUUCUGUUUUUUAUCUGCGUGAAAUUGGGAUACUGUGAUUGGUUGUACUGUGUAAUAGUGGAAAUGUGAUGAGCUUUCUGGUGGUGAGCAUCAUCAGUGCAUGUUGUGGAAGCAAGCAGAAUCCACAUCAGCGAUGAAAUGCCCACAUAUGCACUCCCUCCAUUCACUAUUGUAAGAUGUUUCAGCUUUUCUCAUAUUCAAAUGUAUAUAGACACACUUUAGUGUUUUUGUUC